AUGCAGACAAACAUACGGCGCGGACGAUCGCUCAUCGCACCGGAUGGCGAGCUAGCGCUCCGUCUAGCAUCGCGUAAUGGCCAUCGAGAAAUCGUCGACUACCUCCCCUCACGACGAGGCGGCGGCUUCAGGAGAUGGAAGACAAAGCACCAGAAAGCCGUGCGGCGCGUCAAAAAAGCGGCAGGGAAGAUACGCUGGUUCUUCGAACUCGCACUAUACAAGCUGCCGCUAUGCUUCCUCUGGCAUAUCCCGAAGAACGUCAUCGUCGAGCCGCUCAUAAAGGAAGUGAAAUGGCUUGUCAAGAAUUAUAAACGUCUUCCUCAGGCCAUGCUCGCGUCGUUGAAGAAAAUGUGGGUUAAACUGAAGAAGUUCGGCAAAUAUGUAGGACGAAAGCUCUGGGGGACCAUCAAGGGCUUACCGAAUGCCACGAAAUUCGCACUUGUGUGGGUUUGGAACGGGAUCAAGAGUGCCGGAGACGCGGUGCUCCAUAUCAUUACGCGUUUCUUCGCCUUCAUACAUACAGCCAUCACGGCCAUUGCGGAGUUCUUCCGAACGAUAACGCUCAAAGACAUUUGGUAUGGUUUUGUUGCGUUAGUAAGAGCCGUGUUCAUUGAAGGCCCGAAAAAGAUUUGGAAAUGGUUGUGCAAAUUCGGGGAUAUGAUGGAAAAAGUGUUUGAAACGUUGUGGGGAUGCACGGGGCAGGUUUUGUGGUGGAUAAUAGUGGGCCUGGCCACAUUUGUCUGUAUGGUGCCGAAGGGGAUACUAGACAUAUUAGUAGCUAUUGGAGGUUCUAUCGCGAAGGGGUUUGAAGAGGUGAUGAUUUGGUUCAAUCCGAAAAGGUAG